AUGAGUCGCUUCCCACCGGAUCCCAACUUUCCAAACUUCCCACCACCACCGCCACCAAAGCCGAAACCAAUCGUCGUCAACGACCAACCUCGCCCACCAACCAGCAAUGACCACGGGGGUUCUUGCUUGACAUUUGCCAUGUGCAUCAUGAUUGCCAUGUUCUUCGUGCUCAUCAUUCUCGUCGCCAUCUACCUCAAGGAUCGGGUGAUCUUCGGACCAUCACCAACUGUCACUCCGGAUCCAGUCAAGCCAUCCAUCGGAGUUCUUGGAUGA